AUGAGGUUCUCUGCUACUGCGCUUAUCGGUACGCUUGCUGGACUUGCCUCGCUCUCCGUAGGUGCUCCCUUGGAGAAGCGCGUGUCGGGCACGCCCGGGUUCGACAUUAGCGGCUACCAACCCAACCCGAACUACUCGUCGGCGGUUGCCAACGGCGCCAAGUUUGUCAUCAUCAAGGCUACCGAGGGCACCACGUUCAAGUCGUCCUCCUUCUCAUCGCAGUACACCGGUGCUACCAACGCGGGGCUUAUUCGUGGAGCCUAUCACUUUGCGCAUCCCGAUUCGUCAUCGGGUGCCACUCAGGCCAAGUUCUUCCUGGCCAACGGAGGCGGUUGGUCGGGCGAUGGUCGUACCCUCCCAGGAAUGAUCGACCUCGAAAGCGUUAGUGGCUCGCCCACCUGCUAUGGUCUCAGCCAGAGCGCCCUGGUUAGUUGGAUCAAGGACUUUGGUAAUACCUACAAGGCGUCUACGGGUCGUUACCCCAUGAUCUACACCAGCUCCGGUUGGUGGAACCAGUGCGUGGCCUCAAGCGCUUUCGCUGCCGACUACCCCCUGGUCGUCGCAAACUACGGCGUGUCAAGCCCCAAAAUUCCAACGGGCUUCAGCUACUACUCUUUCUGGCAGUACGCCGAUAGCGGCACCUACCCCGGAGACCAGGACACUUGGAACGGCGACCUCGCCAGCCUCAAGAAGUUCGCUACCGGCUAA